AUGGCAGUCCACCCUAUGCAAGCACCCGUUGUGACAAUUCAGCCGACUGUGUACAGACCCGCUGCCGACCUGAAGACUCAGAUGUGGAGCAGCAGCCUCUUCAGCUGCUGUGACGACAUGGGCAUCUGUUGCUUUGGUUUGUGGUGCCCGUGCUGCUUGGCCUGUCAGGUCACUUCAGACUUUGGCGAGUGCCUGUGUUUGCCUCUGCUGGACGGUUUGACCGGAGGCAUGAUUCCUGCUGCGACUAUGGCCCUGAGGAGCACUCUGAGGGAGAGAUACCACAUACAGGGCUCUAUGUUUGACGACUGCUGCAUCGCCACUUACUGCUACAGUUGUGCCUGGUGCCAGAUGGCCCGGGAGCUGAAGCUUCGAAGACACCCGCUCCUCCUCAACGCCGGCCACAAGGCCAACGUGGAGGUCAUGAUGAACCCGCCGCCACACGCACCCACUUACGCCGCCCAGCAUGUGCACCACACGCCCACCGCCACUGGACUCUACCCGCCUAUGCCGUAG